AUGGUUUUGUACGAUACAAACCAUAGUAACAUUGUUCAUCAAUGGAAUGAUUUGCCAAAUGUGGUUUUAAUCGAAAUAUUUACAUUAUUAUCUAAAAACGAUUUGUUAAAUGCAUCUUCAACAUGUACUAAUUGGCGACAAAUAUUUUAUCAUCCAAAAAUGUGGUCCAAAAAACGUUUGCGUUUAAAAUUAAUUGAUCGAGCAUACGAUUUAUCAGCCUAUCGUUAUAAAAUGCAAAAUUUUUUAUUAUAUUCACAAUUAGUUGAAUUACGUUUUGAUCCAACACAAAUUUUGAUAUUAAAAGAAAUAUUUCAAGUAUUUGAAAUAUUAGCAUAUAGUAGACAAUUAAAAUCAUUGAUAUUGAGACCAAUAACAAGUUCAUCUUGUUUAAAUGAAAAAGAACAGCCGACUAGACAGUUAUGUGACAAAAUCUUUCAUCUAUUAAAAGAUGUAAUUGAAUGUAGCCACAAGUUAGAAGAAUUGUCAUUUGGCUGUUGGAGUGAGGCCCUAUAUAGCAUCGAUGGUUUAAUUACAAUAUUGAAUCAAAACCGUCAUCAAACAUUAAAAUCACUUCAUCUUGCUUCAAUUAAAAAUAAUAGUGAAACACAUUCCAUUUCUGAUAUUUAUUUGACAAGUGAAGUUUUUAGUCCAUUUCGCGCACUACAUACAUUAAGUAUUGAUUCAACAUAUUUAACUGAAAAUUUAUUACAAUGUUUUUAUCAGCCUGAACGUGUACCAUUAAAUAAGCUUAUUGUGCAUGUUAGUGAAUUUCGCAGUGAUAUUGUUCCAAUAAAUGAUUCUGUAUGGCAGACAGUAUCAACCAAUUUACCAAAUUUACGUGUUAUCGUCCAUAUGAUAAAUGCCUAUGAAACAUUUCGAAAAUAUUCAAGGAUUUUACGUCCAGAGAUGCCACUUUCACAUUUACGCAUGUACUUUUGUUCAUCAUUAAAUGUCGAUAUGUUGUGUUAUUUAUCAAUUCAUUAUCGAAAUACAUUAGAAUGUUUAGAUGUUAUGGAUAGUAUUACCGAGCCAGCGUUACGUUAUCAUAAUCCAUUUCGCUCUGAACCAGAUCCAUUAGUCUUGUUAGCAUGGCAAUGUAAACAAAUGACUGAACUCAGUAUACUCGGCUAUGAAAUAUUAGAAGUGAAUUUAUUAGCAAUAGCAAAACUUCGUCCACAAUUACGCACAUUAAAUGUGUGUGUCGAUUGUGUAAUGACAUUACAAUUUGGACAUUUAGAAAAUCGACAUUUUUUUGAAGACGACGAUGGUGAAGAUGCGUUUGUCGAUUAUGGACAUAUCGAUAAUUAUAUUCAAAGAAUAUAUGCAAAAACACGUUAUAUAAUUAAUUUUGUCAGAUACUAUUUAAAGACAAAAAAAUGUAUUGUUUAUUUUACAUUGUAA